UUCAAAGGAACGCUGCAGAGGAACGGAAGGACAGGCGCGAGAAAAGGUCCACAAAAUGCAAAAGUGGUCUUCCAGUAUGGACAAGAGCUCAGACGGGAGCCUGAAGUACUUGAGGAGACGCUUGGACCAGAUGGGCUACAAACAACAUCUUGGACUGGACUCUGUGCCGCUGGUCUCCAAAGUCUUGAGUGACCUGGUGCACACCACCGUGAGUCUGCGUAACGCCAAGCUGUCUGCAGGGAAGAAGACCCACAGUGAUGUCCAACUGGAGACCUGGUCAGACACAUCAAGGGCUGGUGUGUCCACCAGGCUGGACUGUGGAGACCAUGUCCAUGCAGGUGUUGCUAGGAGACACAAGACCACACAGACUGAUGAAGACCUGCCUCUUCCUCCUCCAUCGCUUGAUGGCGGCGACCAAGCGGUGCUGGCAGACAGCAGGACGGUCGGUCAGCAGGAAGAAGUCAGCAAAGUCCCGUCUGAGUUGGAAGAAUCUUCCCCACACGUCCGACUGCUCAACACCCGAGUGGAGGAGCUGCAGGUGAGCAAGCAGAGGUUGGAGCAGGAAGUGCAGAGGCUGACCUCAAAGCACCAGGAAGUGAGUCAGCAACUGGCACACAAGGACGCCAUUUUGUGUCAGAUGGAGCUGGACAAGCAGCAGGUGGAGAACAUGGCCUGGAUGAAGUUGUCUGCUUCCAAGGAAGUCAUUCUGCGGCAACAGGAAGUCAUGAAAGAUCUGCACGAUAACUUGACCCUACUGAAAGAGGAGAAGAUGUUUACAGAAGAAGCUGUGAGGGAGCAGCAGGUGGAAGGUGAAGAUGACACCAACUUCCUGGAGGAGGAGAGAAGUGGCCAAAAUUUGGUGCUGGAGUUGGAGGCCAUGCGAUCCCAAGAUGGCGACCGUGGAAGUCCUUCAAGUGUGGACGAUGUGAUGAAGAGUGAGGAUGAGGAGAGGGAUCAGGACCAGCAGGAGAUGGAAUGUUCCAGAAGUUUCAUCUCCAGUCCACUUCAGGGCAAAAAGGCCAAGUUUGUACUUGCAGCAACGUUCAACUGUGAUCAAUCUACUGUUGUCUAAUAAAUGUCCUCCAUUAGAA